CCAUCCCGGUCGCGAUCGCGGGCUGGAUACCGUUCUCUUCGCACGGUACGCCUUGAUAAGGGCGGAACGAGGACGAUCCAGGAUUCGGGGUUAUGUGAUGUUGUUUGUUGCGAUUUUCGGCAGGAAGAAUGGUUGGGGAUUGAAAAGGAUUAGAAACGGAGGGUCACUCAGCUGCCUGGUGGCCGAACCAUCCGAUGGGGCAAUCUACAGCAAACGCCUCGAUGUCGGCAACGCCAUGAGAUUGGAUACUGGUUCGGUCUGCAACAACAGCCCUCAGAAAGAGAACAACAACUCAGUGGACGUCAGUGGCCCAGAGCUGGAGCUCCUCGCCAAACUGGAGGAGGCAAACCGUAUCAUCGAGUCGGACGCCAAGUCGCUCAACUCGCUGAGCGGCGCCUCCGGCCAAUCGGGACAUUCCAGGAAGAGUUCCGACACUUCGCAGAUUUCCCUCACUUCAGGUACAAGUUCAACUCAAGAUCGAUCAGAAGAUGGAGGUGGAGAGGAAGAUCUCUGGACCAUGUGGGGUAGAAUUGUGAACGAUUGGGAAAACAACUGGAGGAAGCAUAAUGGUCAAGUGAGGGAACUGGUCAGGAGGGGGAUCCCAAAACAUUUCAGAGCCAUUGUGUGGCAGCUUUUGUGUUCUGCCACGGAAGCCCCCGAAAAGAAGUUAUACGCCGAAUAUAUAAAGACUAAAUCUCCAUGUGAAAAAGUUAUAAGGAGAGAUAUAGCACGUACAUAUCCGGAACACGAUUUCUUCAAGGAAAAAGAUGGCCUAGGGCAAGAGUCUCUUUUCAAUGUUAUAAAAGCAUAUUCCUUACAUGAUCGCGAGGUUGGAUAUUGUCAAGGGUCAGGUUUCAUUGUUGGACUCCUACUUAUGCAGAUGCCGGAAGAAGAAGCUUUCGCUGUGCUAGUAAAACUAAUGCAGGACUACAAAAUGCGCGAUAUGUUCAAGCCCAGCAUGGCUGAACUCGGUGUUUGCAUGUUCCAACUAGAAAAUUUGGUUGGCGAACAACUGCCCGACUUGAAUCAACAUUUUCAGUCCCAGAAUUUCCAUACAUCGAUGUACGCUUCGGGUUGGUUCCUAACCUUAUUCACAACAACCCUGACACUGCCGUUAGCCUGUAGAAUAAUGGACGUGUUCUUGUCGGAAGGGAUGGAAAUUAUUUUCAAAAUGGCCUUGGCCAUGUUAACCUUAGGAAAAGACGAUUUGAUGUCUUUGGAUAUGGAGGGAAUGCUUAAGUUCUUCCAAAAAGAAUUGCCUCAGAGAGCAGAGGCUGAUCCAGACAAUUUGAUGACUUUAGCUUACAGCAUGAAAUACAACGCAAAAAAGAUGAAGAAAUUGGAGAAGGAAUACAUUGUAAUCAAAACAAAAGAACAAGAAGAAAUGACAGAACUGAAGAAACUUCGAACGGAGAAUAAACAAUUGAGACAUCGAUGCGAGAUGUUGGAGGAAGAAAGCAAGGCUUUGGCAGAUCGGCUGGUUAGAGGACAAGUGAGUCGAGCCGAAGAAGAAGAAACAACCUUCUGUGUUCAAAGAGAAUUGGAUGCUCUGAGGCACACGCAUUUAGAAACCACCCACCAGUUGUGUUUGGCUAAUGAGAAAAUUCGAUCUUUGUCACUCAUGAUGGAAGAAACGCACACUUCAAGGCAAUCUUCAAUAGAAGAGAUAUCCAUGAAACAAGAACAGUUACAACAGAGAGAAGAAAUGAUCGAAUGUCUACAGGAAGAACUUGUCAAAGUUAGACUGAGAGAAGCUGAAAAUGAUGCUCUCAUCAGGGAACUCAGGAGUAAGAUACACGAGCUAGAGGAAGACAAAAAAACUCUCAGGGAGACCGCUCCGGAUAAUAGCGUGGCUCAUCUUCAGGAAGAAUUGAUUGCGGUCAAGCUGAGGGAAGCUGAGGCGAAUUUGUCCUUGAAGGAUCUCAGGCAGAGAGUUAGUGAGCUGAGCGCACAGUGGCAGAGACAUUUACAGGACCACCAGAAGGAACAGAAUCAAUCUGGCGAAAGCCACAGCACACCCAAAAAACUACUAUUCUGGGAAAAUCGUCACAAUGAAACUCAGAAAUUAGAAGAUGAACUCAUGACUACCAGAAUAAGAGAAAUGGAAACCCUAACGGAACUGAAAGAAUUGAGACUAAAGGUAAUGGAAUUAGAAACUCAAGUUCAAGUGAGCACAAAUCAACUAAGAAGACAGGAUGAACAAAUCAAGAAGCAGAGAGAACAGCUGGAAGCAGCUGAGUUGAGAGAUCGAGAAGCGGCAGCUAGACUACUCGAGGAACAAAGAAGAUAUUCUGAUCUCGAGAGCAAAAUGAAAGAUGAACUCAUGAACGCUAGAAUUAGUGACGCGGAAAAGACGCAGGCAGUUGCGGAAUUGACUCAACAGAUUAGUGAAUUGGAGCUGAAGAGUCAAGAAAUCGCAACGGAAGGUGAGCUCAGGAUACAUUCGGUCGAUGAGAGUGAACGUGUACGAGAACUUCAGGACAAAGUGGCAGAUCUACAGGCGGAGUUUCCUACGCCAAUAACCAGCCCGGACACAGAACCCUGGAGAUGGGUCGAGUCAUGAGAUUGGAGGCCUUCAAAAAACGAUGGAUAGGCAACGGUAAUCAAUGUCUACAGUCAAGGUCAUCGUCGGUAGACAGUACAGAUGAUGAUAUCAAAUUUCGCCUUGACGACCCUUCA